CAAAAAUGAAAGCAAACAAAAACAAGAGUCCAAGUUGGCAAAAUCAAGGUGUUGUCGGACACGGAGCUCAGCAUUGAAGAUUUGUCCCGGUGUGUUAAACUAAAGUCUAUACUCUAUAGCAACUUUUAAAUAAAGACGAAAAUUUUCUUUGUACAUAGUGUUCAGGUGCUACCAAGAUAACAAACAUGGAAUUGCAGUGUGCAAUAAAGAAUAAUGUUACUGAAUUAAUUGGAAACACUCCCAUGGUUUAUCUAAACAAAGUUGUGGAAGGUUGUGUUGCUCAAAUUGCUGCCAAGUUGGAAUCAAUGGAACCUUGUUCAAGCGUCAAAGACAGGAUAGCAUUGAGUAUGAUCAACGAUGCCGAGGAUAAGGGUUUGAUUACACCAGGGAAGACUGUUCUUGUUGAGACUACAAGUGGAAACACCGGCAUUGGAUUGGCAUUCGUUGCAGCGCUUAAAGGUUAUAAGCUAACAUUAGCAAUGCCAGCUUCAAUGAGCCUCGAGAGAAGAAUUUUGCUCCGUGCGUUUGGAGCUGAGCUGCAUAUCACGGAUCCCGCUAAGGGUUUUCACGGUAGUCAUAAAAAAGCUGAGGAGUUAGAGACGGAGAUACCUGGUGCUUUUAUGAUUCGUCAAUUUGAAAAUCCUGCAAACCCAAAGAUUCACUACGAAACUACUGGCCCUGAGAUAUGGAGAGACUCUAGAGGGAAAGUUGAUGCACUUGUAGCCGGUAUAGGAACUGGUGGUACAAUAACAGGUGCAGGGAAAUUCCUCAAGGAGAAAAACCCUGAAAUCAAGGUCUAUGGAGUUGAACCGGUUGAAAGUGCAGUACUGAGUGGAGGACAACCAGGCAUGCAUCUGAUUCAGGGAAUUGGUGCUGGCAUUGUGCCUGAUGUGCUGGACGUUAAUCUACUUGAUGAAAUUAUUCAGGUAUCAAGUGAAGAAGCUAUAGAAACUGCUAAGCAGUUGGCACUAAAAGAAGGUUUGCUGGUUGGUAUUUCGUCAGGAGCAGCAGCCGCUGCAGCGAUAAAAUUGGGAAAGCGGCCAGAAAAUACCGGGAAACUCAUCGCUGUGGUGUUCCCUAGUUUCGGAGAGCGCUACCUUUCUUCUCAGUUGUUUGAAUCUUAUAGACAUGAGGCAGAGAAUAUGACAUUUUAUUAGAGUAAACUCUUAUUAGUCUUCCCUGCUGGAUAAGGGAAUUUCGGAUUCACUGAUUUUGAAAUCCAGUUUUGCUGCUAAUUUGUGGAUAAAUUCUUGCAUAAUAAGUUAAAUGCAGAAACAAUAUAACAUAUUCAGUACUAUGGUAUAGACGUGUAAAGUAGGGACUUUUCCAUUAAUAUAUGCAUCACUAUUAUUAACAAUAAUAAAUUCUCUAAUGUAGUAUUUCCAUCACAGUAUCUUCUAUCGGUUGAAAUUCAUGAGUUCCACGAUAUUUAUGUGACA